AUGGCCAAGGCGACGGAAAAACGAGUGAAGCGAGCAAAGAAGGAGGAGAGCGGGUCCGAGUCCGAGGACAACGAUGCCAUCGCGCAGGAAAUCCUCGACACCACCAAGUCCGACAACGAGGAAGAAGAGCCCAAGAAGAGCUCCAAGAACUACACCUCGGUGGAGGUGGAUGAGAGUGAGGAGCAAACCAAGACCUUCAAGGAUCUGGGCGUGAUUGACUCCAUCUGUGAGACCUGCGAGGAGCUCAAAUUCACCAAACCCACACCCAUUCAGGCCCAGAGUAUCCCGUACGCCCUCGAGGGACGAGACAUCAUCGGUUUGGCCCAGACUGGUUCCGGUAAGACGGCCGCCUUUGCCAUCCCCGUUCUGCAGAGUCUGUACGAGAACCCCCAGCCGCUGUACUGUGUGGUGCUAGCCCCCACUCGAGAGCUGGCGUACCAGAUCAGCGAGACGUUUGAGGCGUUGGGCUCUGCCAUGGGUCUGCGAACCGCUGUGGUUGUGGGAGGUAUGAACAUGAUGACACAGGCGGUGGCGCUGUCCAAGAAGCCUCAUGUGAUUGUCGCAACCCCUGGACGUCUGGUGGACCAUCUGGAGAACACAAAGGGAUUUUCGCUGCGAACCCUCAAGUUCCUGGUCAUGGACGAAGCCGACCGACUGUUGGAUAUGGAGUUUGGACCUUCUCUGGACAAGAUUCUCAAGGUCAUCCCCCGACAACGAAACACAUAUCUCUUCUCUGCCACCAUGACCUCCAAGGUCGAGAAGCUGCAGCGAGCCUCUCUGGUGGACCCUGUCCGAGUGGCCGUUUCCACAAAGUACCAGACUGCAGACAACCUGUUGCAGUACAUGGUCUUCUGUCCCUUCAAGCACAAGGACACACAUCUGGUCUACCUCGUGUCCGAGAACGCGGGCAACUCGAUGAUUAUCUUUGCCCGAACCAAGUCCGACACCCAGCGAAUUUCUCUGCUGCUGCGAAACCUUGGAUACGGCGCUAUUCCUCUGCAUGGAGAUCUGAGUCAGACCGCGCGACUUGGAGCUCUCAACAAGUUCAAAAGUGGAUCUCGAAACAUUCUGAUCGCCACCGACGUUGCCUCUCGAGGUCUUGAUAUCCCCGCCGUGGACCUGGUCAUCAACUACGACAUCCCCAGCGACUCCAAGUCGUAUAUCCAUCGAGUUGGACGAACUGCCCGAGCUGGUCGGGCCGGCAAAUCUGUGGCUCUGGUUUCGCAGUACGAUCUCGAGCUUUAUCUGCGAAUCGAGGGCGCUCUAGGCAAGAAGCUGGACUCGUAUCCUCUGGAGUCCGAGGCUGUCAUGCUCUUUUCUGAGCGAGUGGCCGAGGCUUCUCGAGCUGCCAUUCAGGAGAUGAAGGGCGAGGAUGGAACUAAGAAGCGAAGCAAGUUUGACAAGAAGAGACGACGAGACGAGAUGGACAUUGGAGAGCAGUAG